AUAAUUUAAUCAAGAAUGAAAUAGAAGCCUAAAAAACAAACUAUCAAUUUUUAUUAUAAAUAAAGUUAAUGAAAGGAACUGGAAACGAACAAUAAUGUCGACAUCAAACAACAAUAAUCGAAAUAAAUUGUUGAAUGAUAGUUCUAUUCAUUCGAUAAUUACAUCAUCAUCAUCAACAUUACCACAAACAUCAACAAAUUCGGUAAUGUCGACAAGUGUACCGAAAAGUUUUAAUGUUCCAUCACAUUUUUCAAUCGAACAGAAUAGAAGUUAUUCAAUUUGUGAAAUGUCUUCAUUACCCGUAUCAUCAUCGGAAUCAUUAUCAUCAUCAUCAUCAUCAGUUUUAAUUAAAACACCGAUAUUUCGUCGAGGAACAACAGCCGGUACCGUUGACAUUAGUUCAUCAUUAUCAUUAUCAACAUCAACAACAUCAACAACAACAACGAAAACAAAAUCGGCCAACAUAAUGUUAUGUCCAAUGAUGUCAAGAAAUUAUUCAUUGAUUGAAAAUUCACCAACAUCAUCAUCAUCAACUGGAUUACAACAUCAACAAUCGACAAUAAUAUCAUCACAUCAUGAUUCAUCGAUACGUAUUGAUAAUAAUAAUGAUGAUGAAGAUAAAAUUGAUCUAAAACAUAUUAGUAUGGCAUUGAUGAAAUUACUCUAUCCAAAAGCUUCUGAUAUUUUUGAAAUUAUUAGCAAAAAUUUUCAGAAUCGAAACAAAUCUACAUGGGAUGAUGUUUGUAAAAACUUUGCUGCCAAAUGUUCAACUUCGACAAAAUCAUAUGCUUCCAGUAAAGAUUCAUCAAGUGGAUCGAUCGAUACUAUAGAAACAAAUAAAUGUCUUUACAUAAACAACAAUACUUUACAUAUGAUCAUUUGGAAAAUUUUACAAAAUGUUUGGUGA